AAUAAGCCGACAGGCAAUAUAUAAUAACUAGUGCAAUAAAUAAUACUAAUUUCCAUACCUAAACAUGCAUCGGUAGUAUAAUAUAGUUAAAGAAUUCAAAAGCAGUUUUACAAUGGCACAAGCCAAGCAAUCCCCACAGGAAUUCCUCCGCGACUCAUUUACGCCCCAGAUCGGUGUUCUGUGCAGUGCCAGCGCUGAAUCACUGUGCAACAAGAACAAUCUCAGUUUCAUUGAGUUGCUGCAGCCCUUCUGCCGACUCAGUACAAAACUACACUAUAAGGACCCCAAUGGGAGUGCUGUUACAUUGGAAAACUUCAAGAUAACCUUGGUUGAUGUACAUGCAAAGCCACCAGUCACACAACUUGCAAGGAAGUUUUUGAAUUCAUCAGUGAGUGAGUCCAGUGUCCCACGUUUGGUAAAAUUUAACAUUGGGGAAUAUGCGGUGGAGAUACCCAAUGGGGCGCCGUGGUUUGAGGCAUGGAGGGAAACAUUUUUUCAUGUGCAAUAUCCUCCUGAUCAUGAGUUUACUAAACAUUUGUUAGGAUGUAUGCUGGUGGUUUCUACAUCAGAUCCUAAUCCAAUUGAAGCUAUGGAGGGAUUGAUGACACAACUUCAACAACUGCAGAAUACAUCUUUGUCUAAGUUACCCAAAUGGUUUGGGACCAGUAUAUUGAAUUAUUUUGUUAUUUUACAUGAGAAUCAAAGUGAGAAUGAUUCAAAGGCUUUGGAAAUAUAUGAAAGAAUGAAAGUUGCAUAUGGCAGCAUGAAUUGUUUCCUUCUGCGCAUGAAUUCACGCCCGGUGACAUCAACAGGUGAACCUUUGCCAGAUCCUUGGAGUAAAUUUAUAAAUCCCCGCAUGGUGGCGCUCGCAUCGUCCACGAAUGAAACUGCAAGUCCUGAGCAGUCGCCUACGUCGAGUCGUGCAUUCCCUUCUGGACUAGAGCUUGCACAGGAGAUGGGCGAACAAGGGGCGUUACUUUACCACCCACUCAGCCCGGAAACAGAUGAGUCCAUGGAUGUCACUGCGCCGCCUACUGAUAUGCAAACUUCACAGCAUACAGCGCCACCUGUCCUACAUGGCGCUUGUCUUUCCACUGAAGAUGUUGAGCAAAUUAAACAUUUAGUUGUUGAGUUUACCACACGGGGCUUAUUACCACAUGUGGAAAGACAGAUUAAUCAGCUUAGUGAUUUCGUUGCGAACAAGAAGGGUGUGAGUCGGAGUUUGCUCAGCGCCACCAAGCGAUGGUUCACUCCGAAUAAACCGACGUCGAACAGCGCCACCAUUAAUACUUUGACGUAUCCACCUGAUGCUCCAGAGCUCCAAAUUAGACGCCUGGGUGAUUUAUAUUUCAUGUUUGGUCAUUAUGCCAUGGCGUAUCAGGCAUACCACACCGCAAAGCGAGAAUUCAUGGUGGAUCAGGCUUGGUUGUACUGCGCCGGCGCACUUGAAAUGGCCUCAUUGGCUGCAUUCAUGGCGAAUGAACCGUCGCGGAAAAGUUUUGACUACAUGGAAGAGUCAAUCAACACAUAUCUGAAUACUUGCAAAAUGCCACAGUUUGCCACGAAAGCCACACUCCUUUCUGCAGAAUGUCUACGUGGACAAUCAAUGUACGGCGAAGCUGCCCAUCAACUCAUCCGGAUGGCAUCGGAAGACUCCGAUCUGCGUUCGGCUUUGCUAUUGGAGCAAGCAGCGUAUUGUUUCUUACAGUGUUCGCGGCCAACCAUGGUGAGAAAAUACGCUUUUCACAUGGUUCUAGCUGGGCAUCGAUUUACGAAGGCUGGACAAAGAAAGCAUUCUCUGCGUUGUUACAAACAAGCGCAUCAGAUCUUUGAGAAUCAUGGAUGGAACCUUGCUACAGAUCAUAUCCUGGCAAGCAUUGGCAGAUUAGCGAAAAACUUGGACGAAUUGGAGGAGGCUAUGAGGUCAUACGCUAAACUUCUCACGGAGGAGAAUCGACAGACUGCUGAGCAACAGGAAGUGUACCUCAAGGAAUACCUCACAAUACACAGUGAUUUGCUCAAAAAGCAAAAUAACUUGCUUACUCCCCUUCUUCCAUUACCAAUUGUGGUGAAUGAUUCAAUAAAAGUCUUGGUUGGACCAACUGCGCCACUGCGCACGCCUGGAAAGGUCCCCGCUGCAGGUGUCUCCCUUUCUCAUAGAGAGUCCAUCAAAACUCGUCAAAGAUGGCUGAAACUCGAAGAGAUGCUCGUCCAGGAAGCCCAAGGAUCCACACCAAUGAUCUUCCGCCCUGCCGCUACACUAUUCUCAGGCGCGGACAUAGGAACCGCUAGUCCCAUUGCAGUAAUCGGCGAACCAAUUCAAGUUGCUGUUGAACUAAGAAACCCUCUUCAGAUAUUACUUAACCUCAAAGAUAUUCAUCUCCUGUGGCACGUUAAGGAUGCUGGUAAUCGUCUGGCUGCGAAUGAAAUCGUUGGUCAUAAUGUAGAAAAUUUCAUGAAGACGCACCUCUUGAAGAGUGUUGUGGUACAAGCGGGCGAAAGACAAGAGGUGGUGUUGAGUGUUACCCCAUUGGCUGUAGGGGAAGUAUGUAUAAAAGGUAUUGGCUACAGUCUGAUUGGAGCGAAUAACUCAGAGCAUGAGAUCAUCCUCAGGGGUAAACAAGUUUUCAACAUCAAAACAGCCAAGAAGAAGAAAGAUGGUCCUCCUGCACCUGCAAGUGGCGAGGAGAGGAAGAUUGAGAUUAAAAUCGUACCGUCAGCGCCAUGUUUGCAGGUUAGUUUCUGCGAGAUGAAUGCUGAGUUACUCCGGAAUGAACUUCAAGAAGUCUCAGUUGAACUGCGCAACGUUGGGUCGGUACCCCUGCAUAAUAUUUACAUGGCCACGUCGCAACCUCACCUCCUUUCGAGUUGUGAAUUCCAGGCAAAGGAUGAUGAUGAUGGCGCUACGGUCACUUCCGGUGCGACGCGAGAAAAGGAAGCUCGCAAGAAUCAUGUAUCAUUCCUUCCGCUGCCUAACAAAGUACUUGCACCCGGUCAGUUUUACAAUGUGCAAAUAUGGCUGAAGGCACCGGAAGUCAUCGGACCGGCCGCCAUUGAUCUUUUAAUCUAUUACGAAAAUGUCGAUCCGGCAGCUGUGCCGCGGUACAGGUUAGUCCGCCAUGUUUGGCACUUGUCGAUUCAAGAGUCUAUUAAAGUCGACGCUAGCGCUAUGCAGAGCUGCGCAUCGAAAGAUGUCGAACAACUGGCGUUGAUGGUGCGUGCGACUAACCUCAACAAGAUUCACCACGCCAUUUUAACGGAAAUUCGCUUGUUGACUGCAGCGCUCCUGAGUCGCGAUUGGGUUCUAUCGGCGGAUACAACGCCGCCUGCCAAUAUAAAACUUGAGUCACAAGCAAGUUACUACUUGUUUCUCAAGAUGCGGCGAGAAACACAAAACCGCAAUAUGGCGCAAUUAACCAAUAAUAAAAAUGGUAAGAAUAAUUACUCACAGGUCGCGUUUAUAUCGGAUGGAGAAGAUCCCAGUGUAACUAGUAAUUCCGCAUGUUUGGACUUUGCGAAACGGAACGAUCGAGAAAGGGCAAACGUAUUUGAUCCCGAAGAGGAAAUAACGCCAUCUUUGAAUAUACGAAAACGAGACGCCAUGUUGGUUUUGAGAUGGCGUGCAAAUGUUACGGAUAGCUCUGGGCGGCAUCGAGUAGUUUACGGACAAAAUCAAAUUCCUAUUCAUGUAACACCCUCUUCGUAUGCUAAAAAUGCGCCAGUUGUUUCAAGCGACGAUGUUAUUACCCAAACGGAAAGCUUUGGGGAGGUGGCUAUCGAUGUUACGCCAUCUUUGCAUUAUGGUGAUAAUCAAAUAACCUACAAUCUGUUACAUCCAGCGUGUGUUACACAUGAUUUUACAGCGAAAAAGCUGUGUGUGGUACCUGUGAAAUUGUUGCUACAUAGCGUUGCGGCAGUACCAUUGAUUAUCAAGGUUCACACGUUAGGAACAAGCAGUGAAAUAUCACCACCAAAUCACAACAGUCUUUUCUACCCAUACUCAUCGCGUAAUUUCCGGUGGAUCAAACUCGGCAGUGCUUCGAGAACGAUAGAACCACUUUCGUCGAUAAGUAUCUCUCUAACAGUGGCGGUUUUAGGCCCUGGCACGUAUGACCUAGGCUCACGAUUAGAAAUCUGGUGUCAUGGCGUCGAUGUGCCUCACGAGGCCAUUUUACAGUCAUGUCGGGUGCAUUCUUCGCUAAUAAUCGCAAGCACUUAGAAAAAUUGUAUAUAUCUUAGUCGAUUUUUGUUAUUCUACGGUGGCCACGUACAAUUAUCGCAAUGUAUUGUACUUUCGAUGCGCUAUUCGAACGCAAUAAGUGGUCAUUGUAUUUAAUUAAUUAGCGCCACCAGUAUCAUAAUGAUGAACUAUUCACAAUUUUCAUUCCAAGUGUUAAGUCUUAUUUUAUUGUUUGAUGCAUUAUUUGUGAAUUUGGUAUUUAAGAACGACUUAGGAUUUGUUGUCGUUGAUUUUUGCAGGUUUGUUUAAUUGAAUUUAAUCCAGUGAUUAUUUACACUUUAUGAAAGUAUUUAUUAAAUUAAAAUUAAAAGUAUUGGCAGACAUAUUAUAAAGGAAUUGUUUCUCUA